AUGAAGAAACCUGGACUGCAGAAAAAUGAGAAAGAAUAUGCAGGUGAUGCGAGGGCCUACAUUCCCGACGAUUUCUUCAGUACAGCCGCAACAACCUCCCACUGGGCACCUGAACGUUGCAACAGAUCCCAAAAGCCUGGGGUUUGCUGUAUCUUUUUGCGUAAUGAGAAGCUCGAUGUCUUCUUCUCUGGAGAAGAUGUGAAAGAAGACGGCGUUGGGUGCAUAUCGUUUGAGGAGGCCCAAAGGCCGCGAGGCGAUGACGAAAUUUACACCAAUCGAGGAGAGGACGACUAG